AUGUCACCAAGGAUCCAUCUAAUUCGGCAUGCACAGGGCUACCAUAAUCUCGGCCCCGAAUAUUGGAACCUUGCUGAUCCUCUGUUAACAGACGAGGGCAAACGACAAUGUUUGGAGUUAAGUAAUAGCCUUACUCCCAAAUCUACAAUCGAUUUGGUAUGUGUUUCGCCAAUGCGCCGUGCGAUUUAUACGGGCCUGGAAGCAUUUGCUUCGAUUCUAGACCGGGAAGGGAGCAAAUUGAUCGCCCUUCCGGAUCUCCAAGAACUUAGCAACUUUGCCUGCGAUGUGGGAACGGAUCUUGUUGAUUUGCAGAAGGAGGUCGACGAGGCGAACUUGCCAGUGGACUUGAGCUUUGUGGAAGAGGGUUGGACUAAAAAAACCGGGCGGUAUGAACCAACAAGGGAAAAGAUUCAGGCCCGUGCCCGAGAUACCAGGCGUUGGUUGAAGGCACGACCAGAGGAAGAGAUUGCAGUCGUUAGCCAUGGCGGUUUCUUACAUUUUCUGACAGAGGAUUGGGAAGAUGGAUGCAAAUAUGAAGUAUCUGGACUGACUCAAUGUGAUAAAGCGACCGCUUGGGCCAAUGUCGAAUUCCGAACAUAUGAAUUUGUCGCAGGCGACGGCAACGCCCCGAGCGCCGAACAACUAGAUGAGGCCCCCAUGCGAGAGACAGCGGAUUCUCGUCACCGGCGAGGGAAAACCAACCCUCCACCUACAUGCGAGUCUCAGAAAAUGAUAUGCGAGCAGACGUUGCUGGGUUGGGCGGAACAAGGGUAUCCGAUCGGCAUAUAG